GACCGUUUUCUUUUUUAACUCCCAGAGGACGAAACUAUAUUAUAGCAUUGCUUAAAAACUGAAGAAAUUUAAUUUCUUCUUUUGAGAAAGAAAAUAAAAUUAUUAAUCAUGUUGCUGUAAAAGGGGAGAAAAGCGAAAAUAGCAGUGAAAAAGAAAAAAAAAAACUCCAUUAUUACAGAACCGCCUUUAAGAUAUUCACUGUCUUCCUCACUCUGCAAACUCACCCUCCAUUAUUUAUACUCCCAACACCUUCCUCUCCCCCUCUGUCCUUUUAUCUCAUAGAUCUAAGCAUGGCCGGAAUCUCAAAUAUCUCGCCGUUGAUCUUCUCUUUCAUCUUGCUAUCUCUCUCGGCAUUAUCUCUCUCCAAAUCUCUCCCGUACCAAACCUUCAUUCCCCAAUCUCUACCUUCACUACACCCUCUCACUUGGGACCAACAGUCCGAUGCUCUAACUCAUCUCGCCGCCGAUGAACUCACUGUGGCCGGAGAGGAAACGGAGAACACUCUGUCUCUUCAGUUGCACCACCUCGAUUACUUGAAUCUCGACCAGGCUAAUGCCAGUUCCGACGCGCUUUUUAUCAACCGUCUCACGCGCGACGCAGGGAGAGUGGAGGCACUCAGUAGUGUUGCUGCUGUGAAAACGAAUUCUACACGCACGCGCCACCGUGGGAAAUCUGUGAGUGAUUUUAGCAGUUCGAUAAUUUCUGGACUCGCGCAUGGAAGUGGAGAGUACUUCACGCGCAUCGGGGUGGGGACUCCAGCGAGAUAUUCGUACAUGGUUCUUGAUACGGGAAGCGACGUCGUGUGGAUCCAGUGCUCUCCGUGUAGAAAAUGUUACACGCAGUCCGACCCGGUUUUCGACCCAACUAAAUCAUCCACGUUCGGUGGGGUCGCCUGUGGGUCCCCGCUCUGCAAGAGGCUCGACUCCCCAGGUUGUAAUUCGGGUAAAAAAUGCUUAUAUCAGGUUUCUUAUGGAGAUGGAUCUUUUACCGUGGGUGAAUUUUCAACUGAAACGAUGACGUUUAGGAGAAAUAGAGUGAAAAAUAUAGCUUUAGGUUGUGGCCAUGAUAAUGAAGGUUUGUUUGUUGGAGCCGCCGGUUUGCUCGGCUUGGGCCGGGGCCGGCUUUCAUUUCCUUCACAAGCCGGUCCUCGUUUCGGCCGCGCUUUUUCAUACUGUUUAGUCGACCGGUCGGCUUCGUCUAAGCCGUCGUCCAUCAUUUUUGGCAGCUCGGCUAUUUCUCGAAAAGCCGUUUUUACUCCGUUAAUCAGUAACCCUAAGCUCGACACAUUUUACUACAUUGGGCUUACCGGAAUUAGUGUUGGUGGUGCCCCAGUCCGCGGCGUCUCGGCGUCGCUUUUCAAAAUCGACGCCGCGGGCAAUGGGGGAGUAAUUAUUGAUUCGGGUACCUCCGUGACCCGGCUGACCCGACCCGCGUAUAUAGCAAUGAGGAAUGCAUUUCGGGUCGGGGCCAGGAAUUUGAAGCGGGCGCCGGCUUUUUCACUGUUCGACACGUGCUUCGAUCUGUCGGGUGUGUCGGAAGUGAAAGUUCCGACAGUGUUGUUUCACUUCAAGGGAGCUAACGUGGGAUUACCGGCUUCAAAUUAUCUGAUCCCAGUGGAUAGUAAGGGUACUUUUUGCUUUGCAUUUGCCGGUACUUCAAACGGGUUGUCCAUAAUUGGAAAUAUCCAGCAACAAGGUUUCCGGGUGGUGUAUGAUUUGGGUAGGUCUCGGGUCGGGUUUGCUAGAGAUGGUUGUGCAUGAAUUUGAUUCUUCGGUUGUCAUGGUUUUUUACCUUGGAUUCUUGUUGUUGUUGUAAUAGUCUCAUGGUGUCCUAAUUUAUAGUAGUAAAAGUAGUAGAUUAUGAUGCUUAAAGGCUGAAACACGGGUAAAAUGAUGAGCAUGCAUCGCAGGCCUAUCUUUUUCUCGUUUAUUAUCUACUCUAUUUCUGUAAAGAGUUGUAUUGUACCUCGGCGAUGAAGGAACUUGUUACCAGUAUUUUCUUUA